AUGCCGAAAAGGACCUACUCGGGAGCAGGGAAUCACGCAUCAUCGAAAAAAUCUCGGCCAGCGCCUAUGGAUCCAAGAGUACCCAAAGGUGCUGAUCCUACUCGCAGUAUAUAUUAUGACCCAGUGUUUAAUCCAUAUGGAGCUCCCCCGCCGGGACUAAGCUAUAAGGAACGACCCCGUACACCAGAUCCCUACGAAGAAAAUAAGCAAAGAAAAAUAUCUGAAAUACAGGUAAAAGCACCAUCUUCACCCCCAUUAGGCCAAGAAAAUGAUUCAGAUGAUGACAUCGUCAUGCCAGCGGGACCACCACCUUUCGCAAAUGUAACACCCCACAAACCUGUAUCUCAAUCUUUCGAAACUAUAUCUGCACCUGUGAAAUAUGUGCACUCUGAGUUUGUCGAGAAAUCGCAGCCCGAACCAGAGCCCGAACCAGAGCCCGAACCUGUGUAUGAUCCAGACUUAAUGAAUAAAGAGCUUCAUGAGCUUGAUUCGCCUGCAAGCAAGGUUGAAACCUCUACUGUAUUUGAGUCCAAGCCGCAGAUGCGAGACUUUCGAAAAGAGGCGGCGUCCUUCGUUCCUGUAUCUGUGCUCCGCCGCCAACGACACAAGCCCAAGCCGUAA